AUGGCGUUGAAUACUGUGACAAAGGAUCCCGUUGCUACGUGCAGAGCAAAAUAUGGUCAUGUAUUCUGUGAGAAACUGGAGAUACGUUGCUAUCAAAAGGAGAAUAUCCCUGUCGUAAAGUACUCGCCCGGCAAUCUCUAUGAACUUCCGGAAGUCAUUAUUAUCUGCAUGAAAACAGAACUAGUUGUGGACUUGUGCUCUGCAAAGUAUGGCAAGGAAUUUUGCACAAAAUUGAAAUCAACAUGUGCAAAGAUGCUUCACAUCAGCAUCCCAGCUGAUUCAUCAAAUGCUCUACCUGAAGUUGUCAUCAAGUGCAUUUCUACCGAAUAUCCAAUUGCUGUUUGCAUAACGAAAUAUGGUGUCGACGUCUGUAAUAAAAUUGAGAAACGCUGUUACGAACUGCAAAGUAUACCUUUCACUGAACGUCAACCUCGCACUCUGAGGAAAGUCCCACUCGCGGUUGCUAUUUGCAUAACGACAGAGACCAUUCUCGACAAAUGCAUUUCCAAGUACGACAGAGAGUUCUGUAGGAAGCUGGAAAGAACGUGUGCGUCACUCCUUGGUAUUACUCUGCCUAAUGGUGUCGUUCGCGCACUUCCAGCAAUCGUCGUUCAGUGCAUAACGAAAGAACAUCCAAUGGCAACAUGUAUGGCUAAAUACGGUUCUGACUUCUGCAGAGCUACUGAAAAGCGUUGUCAUGAGCUACAAAGUAUACCAUUCAUAAAGCCUCCACCUGGUACUCUUUACGAGUUACCUAUUGCAAUAGCAAAUUGUUUACGAUCAGAAAACCCGAUGGUGACAUGCACAGCGAAGUAUGGUUCAGAUUUCUGCAAUAAAGUUCGAGACCGAUGUCAAAAAUUGAUUGGCAAAAGUGUCACGAAUAACAAAAUGAAUGUUGUCUACGAUUUGCCGCAGACGAUCACUAUUUGUAUUGCAUCGGAAGUGACGCUGUAUUCAUGUGAGACUAAAUACGGUAGCACUUUCUGUACCAAACUGCAAAUGACAUGUGCAUCAAUGCUUGGCAUUCCUUUACCACUCGGAGGAACUCGCAAUCUGACACCAGCCGUUGCUAAAUGUAUUGCCACAGAACACCCACUAGCAACCUGCGUAGCUAAGUAUGGUCCCGAAUUUUGCAAUAAACUCCAAGACCGUUGCUACGAAAUUCAAAACCUACGAUCAAUCAAACGAAUGCCUGGCGCUCUCUUCGAAUUACCACAAGUGAUCACUAGUUGCAUAUCGUCAGAGGUAACGAUGCAUUCGUGCAUAUCCAAGUAUGGUCGUCAGUUCUGUGGCAAACUGAAAACAGUUUGCGCCUCAAUGGUUGGUACAUUUGUUUCACCAGGUCCGAUUGCAAACCUACCAGCCAAUGUUGUCAACUGCAUGGCUUCAGAGGAUCCGAUAGCGUUGUGCAUCGCGAAAUAUGGCAACGAGUUCUGCCAGAAAUUCAAACAGCGCUGCUACGAUGCAGAGAACGUCUUUAUCAUUGAUCCUGUUCCUGGUAAAUCAUACCAGUUACCAGAAGCAGUUGCUGCAUGCAUCAAGUCAGAAGUGGUGCAACACACGUGUGUGUCCAAAUAUGGCCUUGAAUUCUGUCGUAACAUGGAGACAGCAUGUGCUACAAUCCUUCAUGUAUCUGCACGAAGAGCUUCGAGCAGUGCACUUUCAGUGAAAGUUGUCGAAUGCAUAUCAUCAGGCCAGUGCAAAUCGCUUUAAACAGUUCUGCAAACCUGUUUGAAAAAAUAUGGACGCGAAUUUUGCAAAAAGUUGGAGUUCAUUUGCUCAUCGAUGCUAUCCAUCUCUACUAAUCGCGGCUCCAAUCAAGCAAUUUCGUCGGAAGUUGCUUCAUGCAUAUCUUCAGAUCACACGAUAGUCUUGUGUAUAGCAAAAUAUGGCAAGGACUUCUGCGAUGGUCUCAAACGACGUUGUUCCGAUGCGGAAAAUGUAUUUGACCUCGAUGAGACACCUGGAGCUCUUUACGAAUUGCCCAAAGCGAUUGCCGGUUGCAUGUUUGCAGAAAUGGCAAUGCACGAUUGUACGUUGAAGAAUAGUCGCAAGUACUGCGAAAAAUUGCAAGGAGCUUGCUUCAAAAUGCUUGGUAUUGCGCUGCCCACUGGUUCUAUUCGUAACUUGCCGUCGAAAGUUGUCAAAUGUAUGACAUCAGAAAAUGCAUUGGCUCUGUGCAUGGCGAAGUAUGGUGCAGAGUUCUGUAAUGCACUUCUAGGCCGUUGCUAUCAAUCUCAAAAUAUGCCAGUUGUGGAGCAGAACCCGGAAUCUCGUCUUCUCCUACCAGAUGCAGUUUCUGCGUGCAUUUCAUUGGGUAUCCUCUUCAAAUUCGGAAAAUUAUUCGCCUAA